UUCAGAUCUCAGUUAAUUGACAUGGCACGAGCAAGUGGAAUGGCUGUAGAGGACUUUGCAAAAUUUAUUUUAAACAGCAAUGCACAACAGAAAUUAGGGUGUUUACGUAUAUAUCAUACAUCAAAAUUACAACAGUUGGCACAUUUCUUUGAUGAAUUAGAUACAUGUCUAGAAAGGAGUGUGGAUGAAAUAAGAAUUGCUAGUCAUUGCAGUACUUCAACAAAUGGGGUUAGAAUGGAAAGUAAGACAGGUAAUGUUUCUAGUGAUAUUCAUUCAACCAAAAGGGGAGUGAGAAAAAAGGGUGAAGCAGGGUCUAAUGUUAGAAUACAAAAGGAACAUGAUAAAAGAUACAAUCCUCUCUUCAACCCAGAAAAUACAGUAAGGGAAAAGCCAGUAAGGAAAAAUCAAGUGACCAUAAUAUCUGAUACUGACAGUGAUCAAAGUGAUGCAGAGUAUAUUCAACCAUCACCAGAGUCAUGUUAUUCACAAAAAGAAUUGCAAAGACAAUUAGAUAUAGUGCCUAAUGGAAACACUAAAGACACACAUAACCAGCAUUUAGAAAAAGGUGUAGGACAACUUCCAACAAACUGUUUCUUAGGUACACCACCAAGCAGUAGUUCUGCCAGUACAGCAAGCAGUUUGUUUGAUCCAUUAAUUGGAAAGCAUAUUGCUCAUUCUAGUUUCCCUGAGGGUCCUGAACAAGCUCUUAACAUGACUAAUACCAGUGAUCAUAAUCAAUUCCUGGACACACUUUUUGAUAGUACAUCCUCAAAUAACGUAGAAAGCAAUAGUGUGUCAAAUAGAUACAACACCAUAUCACUUUGCCAUAAUUCUUACCAAGGCGUAAGUAAUGGUUAUCAGGAAAGUGAAGACUGCAAUAAAGUAUUAGACACAAUUCUAUUUGGAGAAUCUCCAUGUUCAACACAGUCACAAUAUGGUAAUUCUGAAUAUAAAAAUACUUUGGGGUAA